AUGUCCACACCAACCCUCACCCCCGUCUAUACCGACGUUUCCGCCGAGUACCAGGCAAUCACCGAGGCCGCCGGACUGCACGACAGUUCCUACACCGGACGGCUGAAGGCCACCGGCGAUGAUACCCUGGACCUGCUGAACCGCCUCUCCACCAACGGCAUCAUCAACCUGGCCCCGGGACAGGGCGCGCCCACCAUCCUGACCACCGACCGGGGCCGCAUCCUCGACCUGCUGGGCGUGAUCAACACUGGGGAGUACACCUUGCUCAUCACCAGCCCCGGCUGCCAGCAGACGGUUAUCGACUGGCUGGACAAGUACACCAUUAUGGAAGACUUGGAGGUGGAGGACAUUUCGGACUCAACCGCCCUGUUCACCGUCUGCGGGCCUGCCAGCGGGGAAGCCCUGGCCAGGGUGCUCCAACCGGAGCAGGACGGCAGCGACCUCACGGAUAUGGGGACAUACUCCGUCCUGUCCAGCGCUAUCGAGGGCCACGAAGUGCUGGUAGUCCGCCGGCCUCUCGGCGAUUUGACGGCAUUUGACCUGCUGGUAGAGGCGGAUGUUGCCCCAAAGGUGUGGGAAGCCCUGGCAAACUCUGGCAUUACCCCCGUUGGAGUGGACGCAUUCAACGCCGCCCUCGUGCAGCACGCCGUUCCCCGGUACGGACGGGAACUGGGCGAUGACUACAACCCGCUGGAGGCAGGCCUCAUCGGCUCCGUUGACUUUGCCAAGGGUUGCUACAUCGGCCAGGAAGUAAUCGCCCGCCUCGACACCUACCAGAAGGUGCAGCGUUACCUGGUGCGGCUGCGCUUUUCAGAAGGAGCCGAGGUGCAGGAAGGAGCAGGGCUACAGCAGGAGGGCCGCAACGUCGGCAAGGUAACGUCGCUGGCCACCAUCCCCUCCACAGGCCAACUGGUGGGACUGGGUUACGUCCGAACCGCCGGGGCCAACCCGGGCCAGACCCUCACCCUUACCGCCCCCUCCAGUGGCGCCGCCGAAGUAACCGACCUGCCCCAGCUAUUCGGCCCAGGGGAGUAG